CCUGGGUGAGCGGCGAACGGUCACCAGUUAGUCUUCUUUUUUUUAGUGCAAAAAAAAAAACAAAAUAAAGAAGAAGAAACGAAAAACAGGGCCAGCAGCUUGAGCCCAAAUAUAUAACAAAUAUAACAUUUUAUGUGGUCAAAAUGAGCGUGCUGCCGUUCGUGCGCGGUGUGGACUUUACGAAAAAUGAUUUCAGCGCAACAUUCCCCAGCUCCAUGCGGCAGAUGUCGCGGGUGCAGUGGCUCACACUGGAUCGCACGCAGCUGGCGGAGAUUCCCGAGGAGCUCGGCCACCUACAGAAGCUGGAGCACCUGUCGCUGAACCACAACCGCCUGGAGAAGAUCUUUGGCGAGCUGACAGAGCUGUCCUGCCUGCGAUCCCUCGACCUGCGGCACAAUCAGCUAAAGAACAGCGGCAUACCGCCGGAGCUCUUUCACCUGGAGGAGCUGACCACGCUGGACCUGUCGCACAACAAGCUGAAGGAGGUGCCCGAGGGCUUGGAGCGGGCCAAGAACCUGAUAGUGCUCAACCUGAGCAACAAUCAGAUCGAGAGCAUACCCACGCCGCUGUUCAUCCAUCUCACGGAUCUGCUGUUCCUGGAUCUGUCGCACAAUCGACUGGAGACACUGCCGCCGCAGACGCGACGUCUGAUUAAUCUGAAAACCCUGGACCUAUCGCACAAUCCGCUGGAGCUGUUCCAACUGCGGCAAUUGCCCUCGCUGCAGAGCUUGGAGGUCCUCAAGAUGAGCGGCACGCAGCGCACACUCCUCAAUUUUCCCACCAGCAUAGACAGUUUGGCCAAUCUCUGCGAACUGGACCUGUCGCACAAUUCGCUGCCCAAGCUGCCAGACUGCGUCUACAAUGUGGUCACCUUGGUGCGACUGAAUCUGAGCGACAACGAGCUAACCGAACUGACUGCCGGUGUGGAGCUUUGGCAGCGUCUGGAGUCGCUGAAUCUGUCGCGGAAUCAACUGGUUGCGCUGCCGGCUGCCCUCUGCAAACUACCAAAGCUGCGGCGAUUGCUGGUGAACGACAAUAAGCUGAACUUCGAGGGCAUUCCCUCGGGUAUCGGCAAACUCGGAGCUCUGGAGGUGUUUACGGCAGCCAACAACCUGCUGGAAAUGGUGCCAGAGGGACUCUGCCGAUGCGGUGCUUUGAAGCAGCUCAACUUGAGCUGCAAUCGGCUUAUAACCCUGCCCGAUGCCAUCCACCUGCUCGAGGGCCUGGACCAGUUGGACCUGCGCAACAAUCCGGAGCUAGUGAUGCCGCCCAAGCCAAGCGAAGCGAGUAAAGCCACCAGUCUUGAGUUCUACAACAUAGAUUUUAGUCUGCAGACUCAGCUCCGGUUAGCUGGGGCUGCUGUGCCGCCUUCAAUGCCAUCGUCAGCAACGCCCAAGGAUUCGACGGCGAGGAAGAUCCGUUUACGACGCGGUCCUCGCAGUGAAGGCGAUCAGGAUGCUGCCAAGGUGCUCAAGGGCAUGAAGGACGUGGCAAAGGAUAAGGAUAACGAGGCGGGUGCUCUGCCCGAGGACGGAAAGCCAGAGUCGCUGAAACCUAAAAGAUGGGACGAGUCGCUGGAAAAGCCGCAACUGGACUACUCCAAGUUCUUUGAGAAGGACGAUGGCCAGCUGCCGGGCUUGACCAUUUGGGAAAUCGAGAACUUCCUGCCCAACAAAAUUGAGGAGGUGGUGCAUGGCAAAUUCUAUGAGGGCGACUGCUACAUAGUCCUCAAGACCAAGUUCGAUGACCUCGGCCUGCUCGAUUGGGAAAUAUUCUUUUGGAUAGGCAACGAGGCCACGCUGGACAAACGAGCUUGUGCUGCCAUUCAUGCAGUGAACCUAAGAAACUUUCUGGGCGCCCGAUGUCGAACGGUUCGCGAGGAGCAGGGCGAUGAAUCCGAGCAGUUUCUGUCCCUCUUCGAGACGGAAGUCAUCUACAUUGAGGGCGGACGCACAGCUACUGGUUUCUAUACCAUAGAAGAGAUGAUACACAUCACCAGAUUGUAUUUAGUGCACGCCUAUGGCGCUACCAUUCAUCUGGAGCCAGUGGCUCCUGCCGUUACCUCUCUGGAUCCCCGCCACGCCUUUGUCCUGGACUUGGGCACCCAUAUUUACAUUUGGAUGGGCGAGAGAUCGAAGAACACGCUGAACUCCAAGGCCAGGUUAAUGGCGGAAAAGAUCAGCAAAACGGAGCGCAAGAACAAGUGUGAAAUCCAGUUGGAGCGGCAGGGCGAGGAGAGUGCCGAGUUCUGGCAGGGACUGGACAUGACUCCGGAGGAGGCAGACGCCGCAGGGCCACCAAAGGAGCACGUUCCAGAGGACUAUCAGCCGGUGCAGCCUCGCCUCUACCAGGUGCAACUGGGCAUGGGUUAUCUGGAGUUGCCGCAAGUGGAGUUACCUGAGCAAAAACUUUGCCAUACCCUGCUAAAUAGCAAGCACGUCUACAUACUCGACUGUUACACCGAUCUGUUCGUUUGGUUUGGCAAGAAGUCGACGCGUUUGGUCCGAGCGGCCGCUGUCAAGUUGAGUCGGGAGCUCUUCAACAUGAUGGAUCGUCCGGAAUACGCGCUGGUGAUGCGUGUACCCGAGGGCAAUGAAAUGCAGAUCUUCCGGACCAAGUUCGCUGGCUGGGAUGAGGUAAUGGCCGUGGACUUCACGAGAACGGCGAAGUCGGUGGCCAAGACAGGGGCUAAUCUCACACAGUGGGCUCGGCAGCAGGAGACGCGCACGGAUCUUGCCGCGCUAUUUAUGCCCCGCCAGUCGGCCAUGCCCUUGGCCGAGGCGGAACAGUUGGAGGAGGAGUGGAACUACGAUCUGGAGAUGAUGGAGGCCUUUGUAUUGGAGAACAAGAAGUUCGUCCGGCUGCCCGAGGAGGAGUUGGGUCGCUUUUACACCGGCGAAUGCUAUGUGUUCCUCUGCCGCUACUGCAUUCCCAUCGAGGAGCCCGAGAAUGGCCCCGAAGAUGGUGCUAACCCAGCCGCAGACGUCAGUAAAUCCAGCGCCAACAAUCAGCCAGAGGACGAGAUCCAGUGCGUCGUUUACUUUUGGCAGGGACGCAAUGCCGGCAAUAUGGGAUGGCUCACGUUUACUUUUACGCUGCAGAAGAAGUUCAAGGCGAUGUUCGGCGAGGAGCUGGAGGUGGUGCGGAUCUUCCAGCAGCAGGAGAACCUCAAGUUCAUGUCCCACUUCAAGCGGAAGUUCAUCAUCCACACCGGCAAGCGGAAGGACAAGGCGCACAUCGCGAAGGGCAAGUCGCCAGUGGAGUUCUUUCACCUGCGAUCGAACGGCGGUGCGCUCACCACGCGCCUUAUCCAAAUCAAUCCGGAUGCAGUGCAUCUCAACUCGGCCUUCUGCUACAUACUCCAUGUGCCAUUUGAAACGGAGGAUGAUUCGCAGUCGGGGAUUGUGUACGUGUGGAUAGGCAGCAAGGCCUGCAACGAAGAGGCCAAACUGGUGCAGGAUAUUGCCGAGCAGAUGUUCAACUCGCCGUGGGUGAGCUUGCAGAUCCUCAACGAGGGCGACGAGCCGGAGAACUUCUUCUGGGUGGCGCUGGGCGGCCGCAAGCCCUACGACACGGACGCCGAGUACAUGAACUACACGCGGCUGUUCCGGUGCUCCAACGAGCGCGGCUACUACACGGUGGCCGAGAAGUGUGCCGACUUUUGCCAGGACGAUCUGGCCGACGACGACAUCAUGAUCCUGGACAACGGCGAGCACGUCUUCCUGUGGAUGGGGCCGCGUUGCAGCGAGGUGGAGGUGAAGCUGGCCUACAAGUCCGCCCAGGUCUACAUCCAGCACAUGCGGAUCAAGCAGCCGGAGCGGCCGAGGAAGCUCUUCCUCACGAUGAAGAACAAGGAGUCGCGCCGGUUCACCAAGUGCUUCCACGGCUGGAGCGCCUUCAAGGUGUAUUUAUAAUUCUAGCCAACUGAAGUGAAGGCGCAUCGUCGAGUAGUUCUUUUAAAUUUCCCUAAUUCAUGCACCGCCGCUAAGUGGCCAUUUAGGUCUCCGCAAAGAAAGCGCCUAAAAGGCGCUAGUUUUUGUCUUGCGCAUCAAAUGGCGCCUUCGAGUCCUGCCAGAGCUAGUGAAUCGCCCUCGGGAGGUGCAUUUAUUAACCAGAAGUCGAAGAGCACGCCUGCAAUGUGAGUUUAGUUUUAUGGAAUGGAUAGAGGCACCUCAGAGGUGUUACCCCAAUCUUGGCCCGUUAGAGGAGCCCCUUCGCGAUGUAAAUUGUGGUCGUACAGCAUUAAGUUAAGACUUCUGUUAGCCGGAUGCGGAUGUUGAUCGCUGGGAAGAUGCUGGGCAGCUGCCGUGACAGAGUAGCUGCCCCAGAAGACAUGACAAAGCAAAGUGUAUCGAGGGAAUAAGAAAGAAGGGGCAAGCAAGCCCUUUAGGUCGCGAGUGAAGAUCAUGUUUGUACUUUUAUAAAAUGUAUUUAAUUGUUUUGUAUAAUUAAUUUAAUUUUUUUAUUAGCUCACUUGCUCCCGCCCCUAACUAAUUAAUUAGCUAACAACUCCAAGAACGCCAAGUAUUCGCCCACUCCCUGCGAGAAACCCCAUGAGUAUAUUUAACGCAAAUAUACAUAUAUCACAUAUGCCUACAAAUACGCUGAGCUGAGAGGAUUACUCCCUGUGCUAGUCCUUUUAAAAUGUUAACCUACUUAAAGCUAGCCUGUAAUAAAGUCGAGGAAACACUAAAACUAAUUGUACAAAUGCCACGUAUUUAUUUUAUUUUUAUUAAUCCCCUGAAUAAACAUUAGAAAAAUUGCAA